AUGCUCAACGCGUUGAAAGUCUCCACUAGGAGAAGUGAAAAGCUCCCGAUUGACGAAUUCGAGCACAUAACACAUCCAAUUUCAAGUCAUUCUCAAGGUUAUGCUCCCUUGCCAACGGGGCCAGGACAGUCUCGGAGCGACACGGAUCUUCUUGAAGGGGACCCCGACAGGAAAGAAAAAAGGCGUCGGUUUUGGCCCUUCUUCGCUACCCUCCUCGCGCUCCCUUGUCUCCUCAUUCUUUGGUCCUCCAACCAUUUUUGUCGCACCUCGAAACUAACGUAUCAAUAUCCGUCCAACAAGGACUAUUCUUGGGCGGCAUACAAUCCAUAUUUUCCUGUCGAAGGAUAUCCACCCCCGCCUAUUGGAUGUCAAAUAGAUCAAGUAUGCCUUAUUCAGAGACACGGUGCCCGUUUCCCAACAGUGGAUGCCGCAGCGCGCAUAGCUGGCGCUCUCUCGAAACUUCAGUCAGCGGAAGAAUAUUUGGAUCCGAAACUUGACUUUCUAAAAAGCUACACGUAUUCUCUCGGAACGGAUGAUCUUGUUCCAUUUGGUGCAAUGCAAUCAUUGCAGGCCGGUGGGGAAUCUUACGUGCGAUACAAGCAUUUAAUCUCGAAAAAGGACCUCCCUUUCGUAAGGGCGGCAAGCAGCAAAAGGGUUGUGAAAUCUGCUAGGAAAUGGACUCAAGGGUUCUCGCUUGCGAGCCACCACGUUUACAACCCCAGCUUAUCUGUGAUCAUCUCUGAACAUGGAAAUUGUACUCUGACUAACAAGAUGUGUCCAAACGCGGGGGAACCUUCUGAACAGACGGACGCCUGGGCACGCAUUUAUGGUUACCCCGUUGCCGCGAGACUUAACUUAGUCGCCCCUGGAGCCAAUCUUCUUCCGGAGGAUAUCCCCGACCUCAUGCCGCUCUGCCCAUUUGAAACCGUAGCGACAGAAAAGAAGAGCCCCUUCUGUGCUCUUUUCACCAAAGAAGAGUUCCAGAAUUAUGAGUACUACAUGGAUUUGGAAAAGUAUUAUAGAACCGGAUAUGGCCAGGCGUUGGGCCCCGUCCAAGGGGUUGGGUACGUCAAUGAACUCCUGGCGCGCCUUACGGGAAUGCCUGUUCGCGACAACACGCAAACAAAUAGAACCCUGGAUUCCUCUCCCAUUACGUUCCCGCUCAACCAUACGAUCUACGCCGACUUCUCGCACGAUAACGAGUUGAUCGCUAUCUACUCUGCUAUAGGUCUGUUCAAGCAGCCCGAACCCCUGGAUCCGACAAAGCCUAACCCAGGAAGAACUUGGGUAGCGAGUCACCUGGUACCAUUCAGUGGGAGAAUGGUGACGGAAAGGCUUAGUUGCGCGGACCGCGGGAAAAAGUAUGUCAGGAUAUUGGUGAACGAUGCAUUGCAGCCACUGGAAUUUUGUGGAGCUGGUGAUGGUUUGUGUCUGCUUGAGGCGUUUGUGGACAGUCAAGAGUAUGCUCGAAGCGAUGGCGCUGGUGACUUUGAAAAAUGCCGACUAAGGAAGUGA